AAACCAUGGAGUUUGUUACCACACAGCCAUAUCUAUGCCGCUUUGUUUCUUAAUUCUCACAAAUUUAAUACUUUAUCUAGGGACAAAAUUCAUGCACUUGAAGAAACACUGGCAAAGGGGUCUUUAAAAAUAUUGAAGCUAUCAAGAGCAAGGACAAAUUAUGCAAAACUCCACAACAAGUUGAAAUUGAUAUCAACUGUACAUCAAACUCAACCAACAAUACAGUUACUCUUGUCAACUAAUGAGUUUGUAGGAGCCCUGGAUCUCAUAUCUACUACACAAGAAGUCUUAGCUCAAGAACUAGCUGGUAUUCAUUCUUUCAGGCAUUUGGGCUCUCAAUUAGCAGAACUUGAGAAAGUUAUUAACAAGAUGCUAUUAGCAGAACUUAAUAAAUAUGUUACUGCAAAACUAAAUCGGCCAACAGUUGAUCCGCAACCUUUAUCUGAUGAUGUAAAAUUAGCUGCUAUUGUACUAGGGAUGUUACGUGAACAUAAUUUUGAUUUUGUUGAUGUUAUUCGAGAAGAGUCAUUCAAAGCUCUAAAGGCUACAAUUAAGCAGUCUGUGAUUGAAGCUGUUGCCACUGCAGAUGACAUUGAUACUGAAGGAAAUGUAGGCUGCUUAGCAGAUCAAAUGAGGCUUCUAAAUUAUACUCAAUGGAUACAAAUGCUGAGAAAUGUUUUCUUUAAUAUAAUGGUCAUUGUUAACCGAGUAUUGGCUUUUCACGGCGUGAUAUGUCAUGUUGUUAUGAUAGCUGCUGGUCGCCCUGGUAAACCACCAUCAUUAAUUCAUUACUGUGGGGCAGAUGAAUGUGAAGAAGAAAAUGUAUUAGCAGCAACAGCAGAGUAUGAACAAGUGCCAGAACUUCUUCAUGUAUCAGUCAGCGAAGAUUUAGAUGUGAUGAUUUCUGAAGAGGAAUUCCAUGCUUUAUUCCAAAAUCUUCAGAAAAUGCUUAGUGCUGUUUGUGACCACGCACAUGAUCGCUGUGUAAAACUGAUGGUCGCGAGAGCAAAAGAUGGAUUUUUAGAAAAAUUAACGUCAAGUGAGUUUGUCACUUUAUCACGAGAAGUGGAAACAUUUGUAAGUGAUUGUAUGAAAAAAUGUGGCCAUAGGAGCACAUCUCUUCGAGGAAGUUUGCAGAGCCAGGCAAACAGAUUUGUUGAACGAUUCCAUGAGGAGCGGAAAACUAAAUUAAGUUUAAUUCUAGAUAGUGAGCGGUGGAAACAAGCUGAUGUACCUGUUGAGUUUCAAGAAAUGGUUGAUAAUAUCAGUAAAACAGGAAAAAUGCAACUCCCAGAAAAAAGAAUUGACUUAAGUAAGAAGCCUGGAGAAUUUAUUAUUGUGAAUAAAGAAAAAUAUGCAGUUGUUGGUACUGUCUUGAUGUUAUUGAAAAUGAUGGUUGAGUACUGUGAAUGUGUUAAAGAUAUCCCAGCUGCUGCACAAGACAUUGUCACAAGAUUGAUUGACUUGCUCAAGACUUUCAAUUCCCGUACCUGCCAGUUGGUUCUUGGUGCUGGAGCCCUUCAGUUAGUUGGUCUAAAAACAAUUUCUACAAAGAAUUUAGCUCUUGCAUCUCGCUGUCUGCAACUUGUUGUCUUUUAUGUACCAUUUGUUAAAAACCAUUUUAAAACAAGAUUAUAUGAUAAAAAACAUAUGUUAAAGCACUUGGAUCAGAUAACAAAGGAUUACACAGACCACAUAGAUGAAAUAUCAAAUAAAUUAGUUGCAAUUAUGGAUGUAUCAACAGAAUCUUAUAUUUUGAAGUGGGAUGCUAAGCCUCCAAUGCCAUCUCAGCAUUUUAGGAAUAUUUGUAAACAAAUGACAAAGUUCUAUGAAGUUACAAUAGACGUCUUACCUGAACACCAAGUAAAGAGUAUCUUUCAACGAAUUCAUAAUAAUUUUGUGACUCUUUUAAGACAACAAUUACUGGUACUGAAUGUCACAAAUGAUGGUGGACCACAGAAUGGGUUGGUCAAUGCUGACAUAAAUUUUUAUGAAAACAGCAUGAAACAAUUAAAAGGAAUUACUGAUAUAAUUAAUGAUUUGCAAACUGUUUGGAACACAAACCAUGAGAGAUGACUACUCCUUAAUUAAUUAACUAAUUUUAUCUCAAACAUUUAUUGAAAUAAACUGUUUGGUUAACAAGUUUUGUUGAUUAAUCUAGUAAAAUUAAAAUAAUUAUGCUAAA